UGUUCACUUUCAGCUGUCACGGAAGGACUCAGACCAGACUUGGAAAUCACUUAAUUUAAGUCAGUAGCACUUUUUCUUUGUGUAGGCAUUACUCUAGCAGUCCUCUCUACUUGAGGUGUUGAAUUUCAUGUCAGCAGGAUAAAGAAUUGCCAAAACUGUAAUCUGUUAGAAAUAGUUACUUUGUGGGAUGUUAUUCUAGAAGAGGGAAAGAUUCGAUGCAUUUUGAAAUGAAAGAAGAACUAAGUUUGUUUUUAUCCAAAUGAAUUGGCAUCUUUCUCUGUAGGAGAAGUUACAUUGGUAAAUAUUUAUUUCAAGAACCAUGGCUAGGAAAAACUUGGAAGUUUAUUAGAGAAGUAAAUGUUUUCCAUCCAAGGAUGGGGUCUGCAUGUUCCUCUGUGGUUCUGGGUGUCUUGUGAAGACCAUUUUAAGUGACUGGCCACGGGAAGGAAAUGCCCUGGCGACACUGGAGCCACAGCUAGACUGCUAGUACCAUGUCUACUAUACAAAGAAACAGCAGCAGCCACCUGUUUAGUUUGCACACCUGUAAGCUGAAGCUCCCCGGGGAUCAGCCACAACAAGAAAAACCUGUCAUUGCUCAACCAAUGUUUGUUUUUGAAAAGAGAGAACAAACUUUCAAGAGACCCGCAGAAGACACCCUGUAUGAAGCAGCAGAACAUGAAUGUAAUGGUUUUUCAAGAAAACGUGUUCGGUCUUCAUCUUUUACUUUGCAUACUACAGAUUCUCAGUCUCGAAGAGCAUCUACCUUGUCCCAGAAACGAAUGCGAUCCUCGUCCUUCACUGAUCUCCCCAUCUUACCCCAUUCUGGGCCAGUGAGGAAAAACAAUGUUUUUAUGACAUCAACUCUUGUGCAAAGGAAUGUUAAUAUGAAUAGGGAAGAACAAGGUCCUGUGAAGCAUUUUGAACAUUUUCUGAGACCUGCUAUAUUGCAGGCCCCUCUCACUCCAAGGGGUGAAAAAGUAAAAACAUUUAGACACGAAACAUUGGAAUCCUGCAAGACUAGAGAAAAGAUUUCUGAGAAUUCCUAUUUUCUAAGUGAAAAUUUACCAAGUGCCAGAAUUUCAGUCCAGCUCUCUCCUAACCAGAGUUUUUUAGGUGCUACAUCAGUAGGAUGUCAACCAAAUGAAGAUAAGUAUUCUUUUAAAAGCUGUAGUUCUGAUUUCGUAUUUGGAGAAAACAUGGUGGAAAGAGUUUUGGGUACGCAAAAACUUACCCAGCCUCAACUCGAAAAUGAUGUGUACACCAAGGAAAAGCCAUUCAAAUUCACUUUAAAAUUUCCUAUGGACUCUCCAAACUCACGAACAGACUCUAUUAAAAAUAUAACCUUAAUUGAAUCAGCUGCUGCUUUCUCUUCUAAACCAUCAUCAAAAUGCUUGCUGGAGAAAAUUGAGGCUAUAACAGGGGAGGAGGCAGAACAUAAUGUGCUACAGAUCAAUUGCAAGCUUUUUAUAUUCAACAAAACAACACAGUCCUGGAUUGAAAGGGGCAGAGGAGCUUUGAGGCUGAAUGACACAGCAAGCACUGACUGUGGGACAUUCCAGUCAAGACUAAUUAUGCGCAAUCAAGGCAGUCUGAGGCUGAUUCUAAAUAGCAAACUCUGGGCUCAAAUGGAGAUUCAAAGAGCAAACCAUAAAAAUUUACGAAUAACAGCUACUGAUUUAGAAGACUGUAUCAUCAAAGUGUUUUUAAUUCAGGCCAGUGCCAAAGAUACAAGAUAUCUGUAUGCAGCCAUACACCAUCGUCUUGUUGCACUUCGAAGCUUUGACAAACAGAAAGAUGGAGGUCAAGUUGAAUGCCAGUCAGAAACAGUCCUCCAGCAAUUAAAUUGCGAUAGCUGUGAUGAGGACGAGGAUGAUUUUAUCAAAGUCACUAAAAACAGAUCGGAUCCCUCUAGGUGGACUCACAGACAAUCGGUUGCCUGUUCAUGAGCACUACCUACUAAUAAAAUGACAGAAUCUACAAAAUGAUUGGUCGCCUUACUGACAAUACUAAGCCAACCUAAAUAAAUGAGAAGAUCCUAUUCAUUCCUUGAAGAGUUUUUAUAGAAAAGCUCAAGAAAUAUAACUUGUUGCAAGUAAAAUUUUCUUCUUAUGUGGGCUAAUAAUUUUGAGGUUAAAUGUUUUGAUUAUUGUGAAGAAAAUGUCAAUUUAAGAAAUAUAUGAAUUUUGAAGGUUUAAAACUUACCAUUUUUGAAGAAGUUAAUUUAGAAGAGGAUUUGAUAACCAAUUUGGACUAUUCAUCACAUUGAUGGAUACAAUAGUUAAAAUUAUAAAUUGUUAGAUUUGAUAAAUAUCUAAAAUGUUUAUUUUUUCAGUCAUAUGUUGUCUGGCCAUGAACAAAUAUUUUCCAGAAUUUCCAUAGUCAUUUCUUUAAAAAAUGCUAUAAUUGUGUGACAUUUCAUUAAAUCAUGUUUCUCUUCUUAGAAAUGUAUAUUUUCAUUUAGUCUUGGAUUACCUAAUACUUUAAGAUUCUAUAUUCAUGUCAAUGAAUUCCUUUAAAGAGAGUAUUUGUUCUUGGACUUGUAUCCAUUGCAACUUAUAUAUAUCUGACUUGUGUCAGCACCCAAAAGUUGUUGAAGGAAUAAGCAAAAUAUAUCACCUAUGUAUUAAAACAGUGAGUACACAAAAAAUAAAAUGUGCUAACUUGUUCUUUGCCUUACUUAUGGAAUUAAAUUGUCAUUAAUAUUUAUUCUAGUAGGCUUAAAUAUAUGGUGACCUAUUUUAAAACAAAUAUAUAUAGCCAAGCAAAUUUUUUUCAUCAGUGCCAUUGUGGUAAACUAUAGUAAUGUCAACAAUAAAGCAACAGAGUUUUGAUGCUCCUCUUUUGAGAUUUGUUUUAGAGAUACUCCAUGAGUAACACACACAAAAAAUUAGUGUCAGCACUUACAGACAUAUUUCAUUUUUAAUUUUGACUGCAAUCCCUAAAUAACUUCCCUGUUAGAGGCAUCUUUAGGGUGGCUGCCAUAAUCAGAUAUAACAGACUAGGUGGAUUAAACAACAGAAAUUUAUUCUCAUAGUUCUGGAGGGUUGGCAACUCUAAAAGCAAGGUGCUGGCAGGGAUGUUUUAUUUUGUGGUCUCUUCUCUUGGCUCUAUGCUCUCAUGACCUCUACUUUGUGGGGGCAAGGGGAGAGAUAGAAAUUCUCCACUGUCUCCUCUUCUAAGAGCAUUAAUGCUAUUAGACCAGGACCUGUCCCCUCAUAAUCUCAUCUAACCCUAGUUACCUCCCAACCUGUCAUCUCCAAAUACCAUCACAUGGGAGGGUGGGGUUAGAGGUUCAGCAUAUGAAUUUUGGGGGGAAAAUAAACAUCCAGUCUAUAAUUCUAAGGAUGAGAUAGGAUCUACAAUUUCAAAAUGAUUCUGAAAGUGUUUUGAACAACAUAUUUGGAAUAAUGGUAUAACUUCACAAAAUGCUACUUUGA